AUGGAAGGUCCAGAUCUCGCUGAGGAAGAACAGAAAGCUCUGAGUGUUAUUCAUCAAUUAUGCGCCUUCGAAUUCCUGUAUAUGGAAUUAUUCGCUUCUUUGGACGGUAUUGAUAAGCUUCCGGCGAGAGGUUCAAAGACAUUGAGGUUUGAGAGAGACUGGUUAUACAUCAAUCCAAGAACGAAAGAGAAGGCAAAGCGAGACGAUGGAGUUGAAGAUCUGGAGGCAAUGAUUAGACGAAUUACUCAAUCUCAAAGAGAUGCAGGAGAUAAUGUUAUACCUGAACGAUAUCUGAGAAGGAUCGAAAAUAAUUUCCUCUCGGCAUUACACAAUUCUCACAUCAGAUUAGGUAUAUCGAAAGAGAUCCCAGAUGAAGUGGGCUUAUUCGUGAAAUCAAGGUCAAGAUCAAACAGAAGCUCAAGCUCAGAUUCGAGCCCUCGACCUAUGCAAUAUGCGAGGAAACAGCCUGCUUCCAACUCAACUGGAACUCUAUCGAGGAUAGAUUACCUUAGGAGAAGAGAUGUGAAUAAAGCUGAUCUCCAACAUUAUGACAUUGAUAAACCGAAUAUGAAAGGGAUAAGAUUCGAGUUAUUUUCGUUUCCAAGGAGAGUGAAAGAAAUUGAGCAAAUGGGAUUUCUAGAUGAUUUAACUUUUGAUUACAAACAUCGCUCAAAUCCUAAAGGUAAAAAAAGGAAUUAUAUUUUGAUUGGAUUAGGUUUGGCCAGAGUUAUCAAUCAUCACUGCAAAUUACAUAGUGUGACAUGGCCUUUUGAAAGCGACGCUUUGAGAUUUGACGACCAAAUAACCAGCUUGGGGUACAUGGCUGGUAGAAAAUUAGAAGUCAGCAAAGAAUUGAAACCAGGAAUGGAGGUUUUUGGUUAUUACAGUGCCGAAUUUGCGAAAUUAGAUUGUCUUUGUACAUGUACCGAUCAUCACCCCUAUCCUCGACCCAGUAGUCCGGACUCGCAUGAUUCUUGCCCUCCGCCCAGAAAUAGUUCACCAUUUCUCCGAAAUACCGAGGUACUCUCACAAGCCGAUUCGAUGGAUAUGGGUACAAUUCAGAUGGAGGGGUCGAAGCCGAAACAUCGUUAUUCUUUUGGAAAAGCACAUACUCCUUUCAAUGCAGAUUGGACCAGUGAUACAGAACUAAGUGAGAAAAGAAAAGAUCAAUUGACGAGAACUAAACGUAAAAAGGACAAGUACAAGAAACAUGCCGUCGUUGAACUUGAUGAUGACGAGGAUGAAGAUGUUCAGUAUGUUGGGACCCAUCUUUCGCCUUCAAAGCAAAAGAAGAAGAAGAGGCUAUUCAUCGAAGAGGAAGAACAGCAAGACAAUGAUAUUUUCAUUCAGGACACAAUGGAUAUCAGCAGUCCAAUACUCUCAGAGCCAGAACGAGAACCAGCACCGGAGCCCGGGUUGGACCGAUCAUAUCGAGAUCACGUAUCAAACUCCCCUCAUUCUGUAGCCAGUGGAAAACUCAAUCCCCUGAGCGAAAGAAUCGAUGAUCGAGUGGGAAGGAUAAAGAUGCAUGAAGGGCGAUUGGAAAAUAUCAUAGCUGAAUUAGUAGAUUUGAAGGAACAGAUCACGAAUGAUAGAAAGGAAAUCGAGGCAUGCAGAAAGGAGAACAGUCUCGCAAUGGUUAAUUCAAAUGUAAAUCGAAAGGGCAAAGGCAAGGAGCGAGAUGUCGAUGUGGAUAUAAGAAUGUCGGAACCAAGGAAGAGUGUUUCAAGAAUAAGCGAAAACUGUACAGCCAUCGUUGAGAACGAACCGGGGAGAAAAAAUGCAGGGAGUUCAAAAUGCCCGACGUCUCAGCAGUAG